UAUUUUUAAAAUUAAAUUUUUAAAAUAAUAUUUGCAAAUUUGUUUUAUUUGACUAAUUUCUAAAUGCCCAGUUUGAGAGAUUCCAUUGAAAGAAUGCAUUCAUCUUCCAAAAAGAAAAAAAGAAAAGAAUCUGAUAGGAAUUACGACAGGCAUGGCCAUAGGAGCAGAAGCCGGAAAAGAAGUAGAGAAAGGCGAAGCCGAGAUAGAUAUGACGAUAGGAGAGAUAGACGUAGAAAUGACGGACAUUCAAAUAGAGGUAAAUAUGAUUAUGGAGGAGAUUAUGAAUCAGCAACUCAUAGUAAAAAACAUUCAGAUAGAUCAGAAAAUAACCAGAAUGAUCAACAAAUAAAUGACUUUUUAAAUAGUUUAGCACCACAAAUGAAGUCAAAUCAAAAUACUGAAGACCAGACUGUUAAGAGAAAACGCAAAAGUAGGUGGAUGGCCACUUCAGAGGUUGUUGGAGUUCCAACUGUUUUACCUCCUAAUUUAACCCCUCUACAGGAAAAAGCAUUUUUAUUGCAACUUAAGAUUGAAGAGUUUGGUAAAAGAUUAAUAACUGGAAAAUUGGGCAUUCCAGAAAAAGUUGAAGAUAGAUCACCAUCACCUGAACCUAUAUAUAACAAUUUAGGUAUUAGGAUGAACACAAGGGAAGUACGUACUAGAAAACGCUUAGAGGAGCAAAGAUAUGCUAUGAUUGCUGAGUUGAUUAAAAUUAAUCCAGAGUAUAGGCCACCUUUGGAUUACAGACCAUUGCAACAGAAAUACAUUGACAAGGUGUGGAUUCCCCAAGAAGCAUAUCCGACUGUCAACUUUGUGGGAUUGAUCAUAGGUCCCCGAGGAAACACCCUCAAACAACUUGAAAAAGAAACUGGAGCCAAGAUAAUAAUUCGUGGAAAAGGUUCAAUGAAAGAGGGGAAAAUUGGACGGCCUGAUGGACAGCCCCUUCCUGGAGCUGACGAACCACUUCAUGCUUACAUAACUGCAACUACCGAAGACUGUCUGAAAAAGGCUAUGGAUUUGGUGACUAAAAUUCUUAAGGAAGCUGUUACCGUUCCUGAGACUGAGAAUGAACUCCGUAAGAACCAGCUCAAACAACUGGCCUUACUUAAUGGAACUCUCCGUGGCGAGGGUGCUGGUUCCCUAUCUGCCUUGGCGGCAGGCUCAGCUUCAGUUAUGGCCUUGAUUGGUGGAGCAGGCGGCGGAAACCGGUGUUCAAAUUGUGGAUCAGAAGAUCACAAAACUUGGGCCUGUCCAGAAGGACUAAAUUUGACUGCCAGCACUGUAUGUGGGUUGUGUGGUGGGAUUGGUCAUUUGACUAUCGAUUGCAAGAUGGUUGGAGGAACUGGAGGGGAAGGAGGACUUGGGCCCGAGACUGCUCUCGAUAGGGAGUAUAUGUCGCUGAUGGCCGAGCUGGGUCAAAACUCUGUCCUAGAUCAGCCCCUAUCAGCUGGGACUGCUAAACUCAACCAGUUGAAUCAGAUAAUAGCUGCCCAACAAGCAUCUGCACCUCGUAAAUUAGAAAGUAUAGCCCCUCUCGUCAAAAGAGUGCUCGAUUCAAAAUGCUCUAGAUCUAACAUGAUUCCAAACCCAUCACCCCUCGGUCCUUGUUAUUCAACCAACCCCAUGUACAGUGGCGGAACUAACAAUCCUCCUUACCCAUCGUCUCUUUUCACUGGUUUUUCGCCAUACCCUGGUAUGGGGCUACCUAUGGCACCUCCACUUAUGAAUCCAUUUCCCAUGAACCCUAUGAUGGCUCAUAAUACAGAUCAAUCAACAUCUGAUUCUCAAAAUUCAAACUACAAUUCUUAUAUGUUUGGAAUGUCUAAUUCGCAAAUCACUUCUGCGCCUACUGUCAGUGAUCCAAAUUCCAACUUUCAUAUGAAUCCUCCUUGGCUAGGAGAUAACUCGAUGCAAAGCAACAAUGACUACAAUUUUUCAAACCAAUACAACAACAAUAAUGCGUGCAAUUACGCUCCAGGCCCCGAUAGUGACGAAGAUAAUGAGCUGCCCCCACAACCCAUUUUGCCUCCACCACCUCCUCCCUCUCUCACUGGUUUUAGCCUUGACCCUCUCCCUCCUCCUCCCGCCCCUCCUCAUGACCUCGAUGAUUGUGAUGAUUAAUUUAAAAAAAAUUUUUUACAAAAUUUAUGAAGGAUUAUAUAAUUAAUGUCAUUAUAAGGGUUUAGCUUUAUAUCAAUUUUAAAUAAACUUUCAUGUUUAACUUUGUGUCUUUUAUAUGACUUAAUAUAUGUGUGUACGAUUAAAGACUUACCUAUCCUUGUAAUGUUAGCUAAUUUUAUAAUUAAUAUAUUUUAUUACACAAAUUCAUAUAUUAAUAUAAAAAUGCGAAUAUAAAUAAAUUUUUUGUCUCUAUUUUAAAAUUUGUUUUUGGGCUAAUAUUUUACCUUAUAUAU